GUCAAAUCAAAUAAUAUUCCCGCCAAAAUCAAGAAAAACGAUAAAUAAAUAUUCUUCGUUUAAUUUUGCCUAAUAAAUUGUUUAUACAUCAUCAAAUUAUCACUUUCAAUAAAAACUGCAUUCUUAGAAUGGAUGAUACAGAUGAAAGAAGACCAAAAAGACAAAAGAGAGAUUCCUCAUAUAAGGCCAAGGCCUUUGAAAAAUUCAAACAGGUGAAAAGUGGCGUUAAGAAUAAGUAUGAAAUUGAAGAAGUUGAUAAUGUGUACGAAACAGUUGAUGAGAAAGAAUACCUUAAAACAGUGUUGGACAGACAAGCAGAUGAUUGGGUGGUGGAUGAUGAUGGCUCCGGAUAUUAUGAUGAUGGACGUGAAAUAUUUGAUGAUGAUUUAGAUUCACAAUCUAUUGCCAAUGCAUCUUCCAAAAAUAAAGGGGUUAAGAGGAAAAAAAAGGCUGUGUCAGAUAAUGUUCCGAAGGGGGACUUGAAACGAAUGCUGUCUAAGAUGCCAAUUAAGAAAAAAGAGGAAGAGAAGGUCUCAGAUGAUGCUAUGUUAUCUGAACUACUGGGUGAAAUUGUUGAAAAUGGAGAUGAGAGUAUUAAACAGUCAUCAGAUGAUAGUUCCCUUAAAUCCCUUUUGAAUAAUAAAAAGGCUGAAAAAGAUUAUCUGAAAACAUUUACGCCACCCCCCAGAAAAAUUUUGAUUAAAAAGAAAACACUGGAGAGAAAAUCUCUUCCCUUGAUAUCAAGACCUAUAAAACGGAUUUUAGAUGACGAUGAAGAUGAAAUUGCCAAGGGGCAAAAUAUGGAAACUAUAGAUGAAGUUGUAUCAGAGACAGAAAAAAUUGCACAAACAAUGGAAAUUGAUUAUAAAAGCCAAAAAAUUGAGGAUAGUACCCAAGGUACGGCAGUAAUUGAGGAUAGCACUCAAGAAACUGCAGCUAUUGAGGAUACUAAGAUAGAAAUUGAUGAAACUGAGAAUUUUUUCAAUGAUGGUCUAGAUUUUUCCCAGAUAGACGAGUUUGAGUCGCAGCAAAAUGAAACAAUUGAUGUAGAAGCAGUUGAAGAUAAUAUACUUGCAAGUUUCUUAGACCAGCAGGACAAUUUUCAAUCAUUAGACUCUAGCAUUAAUAGGAGUAUUAACAUUGAUUCCUCGGAUAUACCUUUGGUAGAAUUUGAAAAUAAAAAAGUUUUCAGGUUUUUUUAUUGGGAUGCCUAUGAGAAUGCCUUUGUUCAACCUGGAGUAGUGUUUUUGUUUGGUAAAACAUAUUGUGAAAAAACAAAGUCUUAUGCCAGUUGUUCCAUAGUAGUUAAAAAUGUGCAAAGGAAAUUAUUUGUCCUUCCAAGGCCCUAUAUGCUAGAUGAUUCAGGUAAUCAAACAGAUCAACCUGUUACUCAAAAAGAUGUGUAUGAAGAAUUCAAUAACAAAGUCAUGAAAGCAUUACAUGUAACUUGUUUCAAGUGUCGAUUUGUCAAUAAGAAAAAUUGCUUUGCCCCAAACAUCCCUGUUGAAUCUGAUUAUAUGGAGGUCAGAUAUUCUGCCAAAGAUCCUCAAAUUUCUAUAUUUGAGGGAAAAACUUUUUCUCAUGUUUUCGGCGUGAACAGCAGCUAUUUAGAGAUAUUUUUGCUUGAAAGAAAACUGAAGGGGCCCUGCUGGUUAGAUGUACAAAAUCCAAUUCCAGUUACCAAUCCUAUUACUUGGUGUAAAUUCGAAAUUGAUGUUGAAAAGUGUAAUGACGUUACUCUAGCUAAAAUGAACAAGCCUUUACCCCCACCACCACUUGUCAUAGCUGCAGUUCACAUGAGAUUUGCUCCAAACCCAAAAAACCUGACUAAUGAGAUUGUGAUGAUAUCUUGCCUUGUGCAUAACUCGUAUGCUUUAGAUAAGGCAGCUCCAAAUCCUCCUUUUCAAAGUGAUUUUUGCGUUUUCACCACACCACAACAUGUCUCGAUGCCAUCUGACAUUUAUAAAACCCUAAGCAAUUUUAAGAGGACCAAAGUACAGAAAAUGGACUCUGAAAAGGCCCUAUUGAACUUUUUCAUCAAUCAUUUCCAAAAUAUAGAUCCAGAUCUCAUAGUAGGCCAUGACUUACAAGGCUAUCAAUUCAGCGUUCUUGCUGACCGAUUGUAUACUAAUAGUAUAAAGAACUUCAGCAAACUGGGGAGAUUGAAAAGGAGUAGUUUACAUCAAAAAAUAGAGCGUAUUCUAUUCACAGGAAGACUUGUUUGUGAUAUAAAAAUAUCAGCCAAAGAAUCAAUCAAAUCUCGUGCAUAUGAUUUGAAUACCUUGUGUCAAACCGUUUUGAAUUUUAGAGAAAGUCAGAGAGUGGACUUAGAGCCUGAGGAUGUACCAAAAAUGUUCAAUAAUAGUCAGAAUAUCCUCAAGUUGAUUGUGUUGACAAUGAACGAUGCCACUUACAUAUUGCAAAUGAUGUAUAAUUUGAACACAAUUCCUUUGGCAUUACAAAUAACAAACAUAGCUGGUAAUAUUAUGUCGAGAACCUUAUGUGGAGGAAGAUCAGAAAGGAAUGAGUUUUUGUUAUUGCAUGCAUUUAAUGAGAAGGAUUUUAUUGUUCCUGAAAAAGUGAUCAAAAAUAAGGGUGAAGAAAAAUCAUCAAAUUCAAAACGAAAACCAACCUAUGCAGGAGGUUUAGUACUUGAUCCCAAAGUAGGAUUUUAUGAUAAACUAAUUUUGCUUAUGGACUUCAACUCGCUUUAUCCCAGUAUUAUUCAAGAAUACAACAUUUGUUUCACAACUUUACCGGUUGACGGUGCUGAUUUGACCCUGCCAGAUAAAACGGUACCCAUUGGCAUAUUACCUACUGAAAUACGAAAACUGGUUGAAAGUCGACGAGAAGUCAAAAAAUUGUUGAAAACUGUAGACAAAAAAAGUGAUUUAUAUUUACAAUAUAAUAUUCGGCAAAUGGCUUUGAAGUUAACAGCUAAUAGUAUGUAUGGAUGUUUAGGUUUUUCUAACUCCAGAUUCUAUGCCAAAAGCUUGGCGGCAUUGGUAACACAUAAAGGUAGAGAGAUUUUAACAAAUACAAGAGAUCUAGUCCAAAAAAUGUGUUUCGAAGUUGUGUACGGAGAUACUGAUAGUAUAAUGAUAAACACAAAUAUAAUCGAUAUAGAUCAAGUAAAUAAAAUUGGCAUCAAAAUCAAACAAGAAGUUAACAAACUUUACCAGCAAGUUGAACUGGAUAUUGAUGGUGUUUUUAAAUAUUUAUUACUGCUGAAGAAAAAAAAAUACGCCGCUGUUACCAUAACAAAAACAGAUGAUGGAAAAUUGAGAAUUGAAAAGGAAUAUAAAGGUCUCGACAUUGUUCGGCGAGAUUGGUCGCAAAUUGCUUGUGAAACAGGAAAAAUUAUUUUAGAUCAAAUUUUGAGCGAUCUUUCACCAGAUGAGAGAAUAGCAAAUAUUCUAAACUACUUGAGAAAAAUAAAAACAGAUUUUGAAACUAACAAGAUUCCUUUAAGUAUGUUGGUUAUAACCAAACAAUUAACCAAAGAUCCAAAAUCUUACAACGAUAAAAAUUCCUUACCUCAUGUUCAAGUUGCUUUACGAUAUAACAAACAGCUUGGUGGCCAUUUUAGAUCGGGGGACACAGUUCCUUAUGUUGUUUGUAAUGAUGGCUCAAAUAAUUCAGCAGUUCAAAGAGCUUAUCACCUGGACGAGUUGAAGAAUUCUGAAAAAUUAACAAUCGAUGUGAGGUACUAUUUGUCUCAACAGAUUCAUCCUGUUGUCUCCCGUAUAUGUGAGCCCAUCGAAGGUAUUGACGCCUUUCAAAUAGCAGACUGUUUAGGGCUUGAUACUUCUUCAUUCAAGAAACCAAUCAUUAGAACUGAAAAUACUGCUGAAUUGGUUGCAAAGCCAGAAAUAAAAUUCAAAAACGUUGAUCAUUUUAUUUUUGAAUGCUAUGAUUGUAAAAAGAAAAAUAUUGUUGAUGGACCUCUUAGACAAGGGUUGAUGGUCUUGGAUAGGUGUUCUAAUUGUGAUGUUCGCCCAGUGACCUAUUUAUAUUACAUACAAAACCAACUUUCUUUAGCGAUCAAUAGAUAUAUAAAGAAAUAUUAUGUGAAUACUAUGAUAUGUGAGGAUCCAGCUUGUGACAAUGAAACAAACAGAAUUCCAUCAAGAUUUGUUGGGAAAUAUCCAGUAUGCACUCUUUGCAAAAGUGGAAUUAUGUACAAGAAAUAUACUGAAAGUGAUUUAUAUUUUCAAAUAAGUUACUUCAGACACAUUUUUGAUAUCAGCAAGGUGAACAGAAGAAUGUUAACAGAUGACCUUCUAGAGAACGGAUAUCAUGUACUAAAAGAAACAGCUGAGAAGUAUCUGAAUCAAUCUGGUUAUUCUGUUGUGAAUCUGACCGAGUUAUUUUCUGGAUUCAUGAUAAGAGAUAGCCAACAGCCUAAUAGAAUUAUUGAUGAUUUCCCAGAUAUUGUUGAAGACGAGGAUGAAAUAUAAAAAUCAUAUUCAAAAUAAAUUAAAUCUAGUUUUAUCUCUAAUGAAAUUGUCUUUAGUUAAUUUUGGAGGAGCCAAAAUGUUUUUAAACAGGAGAUGACGUUCUUUCCAAGUAUUUUAAUAGUUGUAAUCAUUUGGUAAGAAUAAGUUUUCAGUGAAAGAACUUCAACUCCUUUUUACAAGUAUUCAAUAGAUUUCAUAACACUCAUAAAAAAAAUGUAUUCAUAGUCCUAAUUCAAAAUGUUUUGUUUUUAUGAUAGAAUGAAAAUUAUUGAAAUGUACAUUUUUAUGUUUACCAAAUUAUGUAAUAUUCUUAAGGCAAAUAAAAGUUUUUAAAAUGUUUUUGUGAAA